CGAACCCUCGCCUCCCGAUGUCCAACAGAUCGAUUGCAAACGCUUGUAAAAUACAGAUCGAGUGUCCCCUGUCCACAGAGCCUGAGGGACUGUUGGAUCCAUCAUGGACGUCGAAUGCGCCCGACUUUUACCUCACGUGUGUUCCGUCCUUGCGGAUCCAAGGCAGCUUGUGGCAGACGACACUUGCUUGGAGAAACUACUGGACUGGUUUAAAACAGUAGUAGAAGCAGAAUCUAGUCUGGUGGUGUUGCAAGAGAACCCGUGCCUAACAGAGCUGCUUUUCCAUGUGCUGAAACAACAGGAUGUGAGUUGCGGCGUCCUCUCCUUUACUCUGCGGCUUGCAGGGAUGUUUGCAGCCUCAGAAAGCUGUUUCCAAUACUUUCAGCAGGGGGAGCUGCUCCUCAGCCUCUUUGGUGAGUCGGGGCCGCCGGGCAGGCCGGCGUGGGAUGACCCCUCCGUCCGCAGUGGCUGGAUCCAGGGCGUGCACAGCAUGGUCCAGCACCCGAGCGCCCUGCGUUUCCUCUGUGACUGUGGAGCAAUCGACGUGAUCUUCUCAUUGCAGGGAGAUCCCAGUCUUUUCGUUGCUUCGGCGGCCAGUCAGCUUCUAGUUCACAUCCUGGGCUUCUCUAUGCAGUCAGGAACACCUGACCCUCCCAGCCUGCAGGACUGCGAUUGGCCAGUAUGUGUUCGGACGAUCAUAGAUCACGUAGAAGAAUCUCUACGCUCCAGUGCUUCGUCCCAGAUCACCCAAGCGUUGAAUAUGCUAACCACGAUGUUUGGGCGCUGUCACGAUCCGUGGACGGAAGUACUCUGGUUGAGGAUGAAUCCACUGGUGGGAUCUCUCCUGGAGAAACAGCCUCUCCCAGCCCCUCAUUCUCUGGUGGAUCUGUUCCUUAGCAUGGCACGCUCUCCUGUGUUUAGUUAUUCCGAAUGUGACCUGUGGCCAUCAGCAACACGAGCUCUGAGCCGCUUACACCCCACACAAGCAGGACCAUUGGCAUUAGGGAUCCUGAACCUGAAAGACUGCCCAUCGUCACUGAAGAGCCAAGCCCUUAGUGUCCUUCUUCAGCCACUGGCCUGCGUCUUGAAAGCCACCGCUCAGCCUUCUGGAUACUCAGGUUUCCCGGAUGAGACUGUGUGUGAUCCCGUAACCACGGAUACGCUUCUUUCCUCCAAGUCAGCCUGUGCCGGUCUCUUGUGUCAAACUCUGGCUCACCUGGAAGAACUCCAGCCCCUGGCCCACCUGACAGAGGACUGGCCUCAGAUCCUCUUGCUAAAUGCAGUGGUGACAAUCUUACAGUUCUGCAGUGGCUUAGCAGCCCCAGCUUCCAGUGUGGGAGGCAGGCUCUGUGGGAUCCUCAUCGGUUGCUUCAGAGUCCAGAGGUCAGCGCUUGAUUUCCUGGGAACGCUUUCUCAGGGAGCAAGCCCCAAUGAUUUGGUGAGACAAGUGUUUGACAUUCUUCUUGUGUACCUCAAGAGUCCAGAUUCCAGCCCUACAGUCCUGAAGAAGGCAUUUCAAGCCACACUCAAAUGGCUCCUCAGUGUGUCAGAAACCUCCACCUCCAGCAGUCCCUGCCCACAGACUCAACAUUUCCUUAGAGCUCUCUUCCCGGUGCUGCAGAAACGUCUGUGCAGCCCUUGCUGGGAGGUAAGGGACUCGGGGCUGGAAUUCCUCACCCACCUCACCAAACACUGGGGAGAGCAGGCUGAAUUCAGACAAGCUGUCCUGUCUUCGGAGGUACCAGAGCUGGCAGAAGCGCUGCUCCGGGACCCGGAGAGUUACGUGCGCGCGAGCGCCGUGACCGCCGCGGGGCAGCUGGCCCUCAGAAACCUGCAUUCCAACCCCACUGGCACCAAGUUCGGAAAGGAUGAAAAGAAAAACCUGGUGCUGGCGCUUCUAGACAUUCUCUCGGCCGACUCGGAAGGUUUCCCUAGGAGGGCCGUGAUCCAAGUCUUCACCGAGUGGCUGAGGGAAGGCCACGCUGACGUGGCCAAGGACGCCGAGCGGUUUGUUACCCAGGUGCUCCAGAUCGUGAGCUGUGACUUGGAUUGGGAGGUUAAAGUUCACGGCUUGGACUUGGCUCUGGUGUUUGCCGUCCAGACCCUCGGGCCGCGCGAGGCCGACUGCCCGUAUGCCGUCGCCACGUCCUCCGCCGUCCCCUCCGCCCCGAUCGCUCACUCGCUGCAGCCGCUCUGCCGCACGGGGCUGUUGGAGUUCGCGUUCGGCGCCUUGUGUGACUGUGACAGGCCCGUGGCGCGGAAGGCCUGUGAUCUCCUCCUCUUCCUGAAAACGAAACUGGCUCUCCAUCCCCCAGGCCACGAGGGAAGGGAAACCCCGGAGGCAGCUCUGGACACCCGGGGCUUAGCCUGGCUCGAAGCGACUUUGAGGGGGUGGAGAUCGGGUGAGCAGGCUCCAGCGGGAGGGGACGCCACCAAAAUCGGUCCCCAAGAGCCGGACGGCGUGCUGGCUAUUUUGGGGACGAUGGACUUGGAGGGGUUGCGAGGUACGCUAGCCGAGAGCAGCGACCACAUCGAGAAAAGCCCCCAGUCCCUCUUGCAGGACAUGUUAGCCACCGUGGGGGCCGAUGAGGAAAAUGAGGCCGACUGCUAUUAACCGCCAACAGGAAAUGGCCUUUCCCAUACCGAGCAGACGACAGUCCUGCCUCCCCGCAGCCAGGGGCAAGCCACGUUCCAGUUGCUCGCAGCUAGAAAAGGCGGGCCCGUGCCUCGGGCGGGACUCCGGCGGAUCCCUGGGCCAAGCCAACCGUGCUACUGCCCCGGGGAAGCUUCAGACUCAAACGUUACACAAGCCAUGAUUUGAACCUUUCUGCAGGAGGAAGGAAGCACCUCCAAGGCAGGGACCAAAGGGAAGAGAAUUUUUUUUUUUAAAAAAACAAAAGCCAGAGAGAUGCAAAAAUCCCAAACUGUAAAAAUUUUAGACUUUUGCCAGUGAAAUAAUUAUUUUGAAAACAAAAUAAAGUCUUAUUACAUAGAACUGUACUGCUUUCAAAAGCACAAGGCUUGCCCGUCCCAGCCCUUCUCGAUCCAGUUUGCGUCGAUGACUGUUUCUUGAUCGAGAUUCAUCUUCACGGGUAACGGUCUGGGGCUUCCAAAAGGCCGUAAGUGCGAAGAAGUGCAUCUGGGGAGGGGUCGCGACCUCUGAAUUUACGGAAUACCUCCUGUGGGGAAAUGCUGCCUCCCAAGCUCAGGACCGUAUCUCUGUACCUAGGAGAGGAGGUGCAUGUUAGCACGCUUUCGUUUUGUUACAUUGGAGCACUGCAAGCCGGAAGAAGGUAUUUCCUCAUUUUUUUUUUCUCCUCCCGGAGGGAGUUAGGAAGUAGAGAAGCAAAUCAGAUUAAUGCUGUUGAUUAGUACGGGCAUCUGUGAUAACGGGCAAUAUUAAAUUGCGUUCUUGUGUUCGUUAAACCCUUGUUUCUGGCCAGACUUAAAACAACCCCCCUGGGGCGGAGAAAUGGGCCAAAGUGCUCCCUCCCUCCUCAGGGUUGGGGAGAUCUGGGUUGCGGGGGGCGGGGAGGAAAGCCACCACAUCAAGCACCACCAAAGCUAGUUGUCUGUUCUAAGCGCUGAGCAGGGAGGAAGCCAGAGUUAUCUGGAAGGUGCUUCGGCCACGUCUUUCCCUCUAUCGUAGGGAUAGCUCUAAAGGGUUCUAAGUGAGGGGCGCCUCCCCCUCCACCCCACCCUCAUCCCGCCCCUCCUCCCCAAUGACAAGCAUUCUAAAGCAAUACCGAAUUUAAAUGCAUAAAGUUGGCAAAGCGAUACAGCUGCAGCAGGGCUUCUCUGCCCGUAGCCCUGCCCCAGGCCCAGGAUCAACCCUCAGCGGUUGUUACACGUUCCAUGUCCCCGCAACCCUGUUCUUGAGAUGCAAUGUCCUUGGGGAGCGAAGUAGAGAUUCUCCUCUCUGCUAUACUACCUCAGAGUGGAUGUGGCCAGACUUCUUUCUAAAAAACUAGAAACAUUAUGUUGAGUGGCUGCUGGUGAUACUUAAGGUAAUUCCAACUAUUGUAAAACAGGACCUUGUGCUCUACUUCUGUUCUUGGAAUGGGUUUUUUGUCUUGAGCUUUAAGUAGAGGGUAGAGGUUCCCUUCCCCAGGCGGAAGCCACAACUCAGUGCACUCCUUCCUCACUCUCGUGAAGGUGGGCGAGACUGACCGACUGCCCCCGGCUCCAGUGCGGCCCAGAAUUGGGGUGGGGUAGGAAGCGGGUCGCCCCCUAACACCCACAUGGCAUCCAGGUUUAAGCAGGGUCACAUAACACCCCUCUCACCCCACCCACUCCCUUCUAACUCUCCCCUUUGAGAUAUAAGGAGGCAAGAGAUGAGCUAAAGUUGCUCCCUUCCCACCCCCAAGAUGAGAGAGACACUUAAUACCUCGGUGCCUCAAUUUCCUCAUCUGUAAAAUGGAGAAUCAAUACCUGCUCUCCCACCUCCUUAGCUUGUGAGAAUCAUGUGGUGGCAGAGACUUUGGCCUGGUGAUCUUGUAUUCACCCCAGCGCUCAGUACAGUGCUUGGCAUCUAGUAAGCGCUUAAAUACACCAGUUAUUAUUACCGUUAUAUAUGGAGAGAGCAACUGAGAUUGUUCAUUCCCAGCACCUUCCUUGGAGCUGUUAAGCAUCUUUAAGAUACACUAGCCUUGGACCCCUUUGAUUCACCUAGGGAUAAAGACCUAGAUCUCCAGAGAACUUCCACUUUGUGCUUUUAUGAUGGAAAUCUUGCAUAACAGGCCUCCACCGUCUUCACACCCUAGGCUGAAGCCCUGCUGCGAACUAACAGCUAUCAUUUUUCCCGCUACUUCCACUUGUGAGGUUGGCCUGUGGCGCUGCCCAGAGACGAUGGAUUUCACGCCCUAGUUUCUGUACCUGCGUCCAACCUUGGCGAGCCUUUCUCGGUUUUGUAAUCCAACUUCCGCGAAGGCCUCAAACUCGUCCUGAGCCAGCAACUCUGCCCACAUGUAAGAGUAAUAUCCUGCGGCAUAGGAGUCGUCCCCAAAGAUGUGGGUGAAGGUACACAGGAUGCAGUCCUCCUGGGGAGCAGAUUCGGGAAGAGAAUGCAUCGACUGAAUACUGGAACAGAUGAGUCUCCUUUCAGGCAGGGCCCGCUCUGUGUUCUUGGAGCAGUAAUGCCCACCGGUCUAGCUGUAAACUAUGGAAGAGCAGUCGGGGGGACUGAGGCCCUCCCUCUUUCUAGAGACUACAGACCAAUACCGUGGUCACCGUGACGGUUUACUUCUCUGGAGACGGUAGCUAAGGGUUGACUUCUGAGCUACCCUGUAGCGAUGGCUGUGGGAAGAGAAUCUGCCAAGUUACCAAAUCCGCCAUCUGUGAAGGUGUCCCGGCGGGAUUGUAAAUGGUAUAAGUACCGUUUAGGUGAUUUUCAAUAAAGACACCAGAGCGUUGCUUGA